AUGUUAGAGAUCACUACUGAAUUGGAAAAUGCGACAGAAAUCAAAACUCAUGCAACAGAAAAUGAACAACACGCAGUUGGCAAUGAAGAACCAGAAUCUUUGAGUAGUGGACAUACAAACUCCGACUACCAUGAUUCUGGAACAACUGGUAGACUCUUCCUUAUUUAUUUUAAGAAAAAAGUUGUUACUGUGAUCAUGCUAAUUUAUGUCGAUGAUAUUGUGCUUACAGAAAACAAUGAAGAGUUUAUACAGACAUUAAUAACUCAACUCAGCUUAGAAUUUGUAUUGAAAGACUUGGGAAAAUUACAUUACUUUCUUGGUCUAGAAGUACAAUAUUUUCCAGGAGGCAUUACUCCUUCACAAGGCAAGUACACGAAAUAUCUUCUCAAUCGAGCAAAACUUAUAGAAAGUUCUCAUUUCAAUACACCAAUGGCAUUGAAAUCACAACCAACACCAGAGGACUCAAAGGUAGUUAAUGCAGAGGAAUAUCGAAGUCUAGUCGGUGCACUUCAAUAUCUAACGUAUACACGUUCUGACAUUGUCCAAGCAGUCAAUAAAGUAUGUCAAAAAUUAAAUAAGCCAACAGAAGGUGACAUGAAAGCGGUAAAGAGAAUUUUUUUCUAUCUCAGAGGAACAAUAUACUAUGGAAUCAAAUUUCUUGCUCAAAGUCCUCUAAAGCUAUAUGGAUUUUGUGACGCUGAUUGGGAAGGUUGUCCGAACACUAGAAGAAGUACUGCUGGGUAUUGUAUAUAUCUAGGAGCUAAUUGCAUCUCUUAG